CUCUAGCCUGUUUAUGUUUUCAAGUAGGCAAAAAGUACCUGUAAUUAGCCUGAUACCACGUUAAUAAAAUGAAGAUUUUAAAGAACUUUCCUUCACGCUUUACGAAUAGAGACCCGUCACUGUUAAUUAAGCAGGAAAACAACAGUGAAACUUGCUCGUUGCAGAGUUCAAAUUCACAAUGGGAACUAUCUGAGACAGAAACGCUCACAGACGGGCUUUAUAAUUGUGAAAAGAAUUUAGAUAUUGGAAAGCAACUCUCUUCAGUUGUAGUAAGGAGCAAUCCACUUUACUCCGGUAAAAGAGAAAAAGCAUUGUUCCCAAUUACUAAAAGUCCAAUCAGGAAGUCAAAACAUCAGCUCCUAGAAUUAUCAAAAAAUAGGUUCAUAGACACAAAGAACCUAAAGCUUGCAAUUACCUUACCAGAAGGGCCAUUGCAUGCUGGUACACUCAUCAGAGGACAUGUUUGGGUAUCCUAUGAUCCUCUUCUUGAUCAAGAUGAUUCCAUAUGUAUAACACAGUUCGAUAUUGAUCUAUUCGGGGUCUUAAAAAUUAAUACCACAAUAGAGCCCUUCUUUUCAGUAUCAGAGAAGUACUCUCUCCAACAUGCAAUGCCUGCAAACCGAACAAAGCCAGGAGCAUUCUCUUCAAAUGAAUUUGGUUUCUUACUGAAGGAACCUUGCAAAUUUAGUUUUCCCUUUGCAUUUGUUGUUCCUCUAGAUCUUGGACCGGGAACGCUAAAAACGCAAAAAAUGCAGUUUUCAUAUUCCUUCUCUGCAACCGUAUUUUACUCCUCGCUUUCAGGAGAAGCUCAGUUUACCAGGACAUCCAUUGAGAAAGCAGUACUUCCAUCAAUGAACGAAAAUAUUGCUUCCAUCACAAAUAAUAUCGUUUGCGAAAACAGGAUCGACUCAAAAAGGUUUGAGGCCCCAAAACUUUUACUCAGGAUUUCCAUAUCGCGAUCACUGUUUUUAAGUGGGGAACACGUUAAACUUAGUAUACAUUACUGCUGUAAAUCUCAAUCCACUGUCCGUUCUAUUAUUGUUUACUUAAUAGAGUACACUCAGCUCUUGAAAAACAACUCACGCCUAUAUCAAACAUUAAAAAGACCAUCAAAAACGACGGAAAAGGUCGUUUCAAAAUGUAAACUUACUCAAAUUGCUAGUCAUCAUAAUUCUUCUCAACCAGGGCAUUUACAUGUUUCCCUAGGGUUACCACAAUCCUGUAGAUCAAUAGAAACAAACGCCCAGACUGACAGAAGUAUAUCUUCCUAUAACAAUAUUACAUGCGUAAACACGACUUGGAUAUAG